AUGGAUAUUUGGAAAUGGGUCUGUGGCCCUUCCGCCUCGUCGGCAUGCAUCUGGCACCUAUUUCUCUAUGAAUGGAAAUCCAGCCACAUAUCAUUCCAUGCAGGCAGGUCUGGCAACCCAACCAGAUCAUCAACUGCCCCCAGGAGACAAUUGACUCAGCGCACCACUCAACCCAUCAAGUACUUGGUGGUCAUCCACCCUGAGCUGGGGUACAGAACAGUUACGACAGACUUUGAUCGGCUGUUUCGUGAACUCUGGUGCCCUGUGUCUCAAAAGAUUGGCUCCUUUUUAUGCCAGGCUGAGUCCCUGGGACUCUUAUUCAAGUUUGAAGUUGCAGCAUGCUCAGAUGAAUUCGCAGGACCUAUUUUCAAUACUCAGUUGACCAACCAUUUGGAUAGCAAGGGUCAGCGAUCAGCAUUGGGUGCUAAACUCAGCUCAUCCUGGAAGUCCACUGAAGAUGUCACUCACAAAGACUUGGCUGCAAAUGCUGACAAACUCCCCAUCCCAUCACCUCAUCAUGAUCACCGCAUAGUGUUUGUUGUUCCUCUAGAGUUUAUUGUUACUGGCCCUCUCAAUGGACAGGGGUUGCACCUGUGUCUUGUGCCUCGGCUCUGGAACAAGAACUUUCACCCAGAUAUACAUGAAGAGAACACGGAAUUUAUAUGUUCUGAUGGGUGCUCUGAGCAAUCAUUGGCAGAUUCUGAUAUGGAUUUUGAUGUUCCUGAUUUUGUGCCAUCGACAUCAGCAGAUACUACCAAUGUUGGGGCAUCUCUCUUCCUAGCAGGACCAGUGUCUCCUGUUUAUAGGAUGGUGCCCUUAUUGCCUCUAUGUACUGCCACCAGUACUAUCGUGCAUCCCCCUGUUGCUUCACAACCUCAUCAACAAUCUCCUACUGCUGCUGUUGCUGCUUGGAGAGGGAGAAUAGCAGCUGCACAAACGACCAUGCAGUUCCUCCUAAGUGAUGAUCCAACCACCAGUCUUCUUGUGUGGCCACCCCCUCUAGUCACUGAUGCUGUGACAGGCCAGUUAGAACUAUCCAUAGCACCUGCAAUGGACUUGUAUUCCAUGAUUCUGGAAGUCGAUGCUUCUGCACAGAUUACACAGCUGAGGUGUCUUCCUGUGAAUGCACAAGCUGAGCUUACCCACUGGUUACAAUGUCAGGUGUUCUUUGGCAACCAGUUCACUCGUGGAACACCUGACCACAUUGUAUAUUCAUCAAUGUGUCAGGCAUUCGACUGCCUAAUUGACGAUCACUUGACACUAUGUGAGCAUAUCCUCACUGAAGAUUUGUCUAGUAUGAUUCUUGAGGGAAUGUUUGGUGGCCAUAUUCUUUCCUCACCAGAGCAGGUUAUCCGCCUUCUUGUCAUCAAUGUUACCCCAAAGCACUACCUCCAUGGACUCGACUCUUUCUCCGGUGUGUCACUGGUAUUGAAUUUCCAGGCACAGUGGAACCAUCAGUGGGGUGAACAUGUAGGAAUCCACAUCCACACAUGCUUCUAUGCAGUGGAUGUGCUGUUGAACGAGACAUCUAUGCUCAUUGUGAACCAAGAAAUUCUGAUGGACACAUCAAUUUCCACCGACUUUGAUAGGUGGAUUCACUCCUGUAUCAGUGGCAAUGCCUUCAAUCACUACAAUACAUCUGCACACUACUAA